AUGGCGCCCGUUUCCAUUGCAGACCUCGUGGCUGCCCUCCCCUCGGAGGACUCCUGGGGCCCCGCCACUCCCUCCGACAACAUGCUCGAGGGUGUCCCAUAUGCUCCCUUCUCCAAGGGCGACAAGCUUGGCCGUAUGGCUGACUGGACCUCUGAUUCCAAGGACCGUGAUAGGGCUGGUCGUCAAGCCUACAACCGCAACUACAGAGAUCAGCAGGUGUAUGGAGCAGGCACCUCCAGCUUGUUCAACGUCCAGGUCGCCGAAGACGAGUCCUCCUUCUCCGUUGUCGACAACACCCGUACUACGACCAAGCGUACUUUUGGUCGCGGAGGUGGCACUGUCUUCCGGGGUCGCGCUCAGCGUGGCGGCGCUGGCCAGAGAGGUGGCCGCGCUGGCUUCCAGAGAGUCGGCGCUGGCCGUGGCCAGGGUGGUGACCGUUAUUACGACAACCGCGGUGGUCGUGGCAACCGUGGCCGUCGUUCCGGCUGGAAGGACUAUGACAAGCCUCAGAGAACUCGUGAGCCUUCGGUCAACGUCCGUCCCGACUGGACCAUGCUGGAGGAGGUUGACUUCAGCCGUCUCUCCAAGCUGAACCUCGAGGCCCCCGAGGGUGAGGAUCUCGACUCCUACGGUUUCCUCUACUACUACGACCGCUCCUACGACAAGGCCCCUGUCAAGAACGCCGAGCGCAGACUGCAGGCCUUGGACCGUGCUGCUUACAACGUGACCACCACCCAGGAUCCCAUCAUCCAGGAGCUUGCCGAGAAGAACGAGGCCACCGUCUUCGCCACAUCCGACAUCCUGUCCAUGCUCAUGUGCGCUCCCCGCAGUGUAUACUCGUGGGAUAUUGUCAUCGUGCACCAGGGCAACAAGAUCUACUUCGACAAGCGCGAGGGUGCCUCGAUUGACCUGGUUACCGUCAACGAGAACGCCGCCGACGCUCCCCUCGAGGUCACCGACUCCUCCGGCAAGCAGGAGUCGCUCAACACCCCCAGCGCUCUCGCUCUGGAGGCCACCUUCAUCAACCACAACUUCGCUCUGCAGACCGUGGUGGAAUCGGAGGACUCCAAGGUGGGCUUCAGCCACCCCAACCCCUUCUACAACGCCUCCGAGGAGACCGAGCCCCUGGCUUCCAAGGGCUACAAGUACCGCCGCUUCGACAUGUCACUGCAGGAAGACGAGGAGCCCCUCAACCUGAUCGUCCGUACCGAGGUCGACGCCGUGAUGAAGAACCCCGUCAGCGGCGAGGAGCAGCAGCUAGUCGUCAAGGCGCUUAACGAGUUCGACAGCAAGGCGCCCGGCUCCGGCGGCGCCCUCGACUGGCGCAGCAAGCUCUGGUCGCAGCGCGGUGCCGUCGUCGCCACCGAGAUGAAGAACAACAGCAUCAAGCUCGCCCGCUGGGCCACCCAGGCCAUCCUCGCCAAGGCCGAUGCCAUGAAGCUCGGCUUCGUCUCGCGCGCCAACCCCCGCUCCGCCGCCGGACACGUUGUCCUCGGCGUCGUCAGCUACAAGCCCCGCGAUCUCGCCGCCCAGAUGAACCUGAACCUCGGCAACGGCUGGGGUAUCGUCCGCACCAUCGUCGACCGCAUCCAGGCCCUUGACGCCAACGAAGAGGAGGACAAGGUCACCAAGUAUGUCCUCAUCAAGGACCCCAACCGCCCUGUCCUGCGUCUGUAUAGCGUGCCCGCCAACACCUUCGAGGAGGACGAUGAGGCCGCCGACGAGCAGGAGGAGAAGGCCACCGAGGAGAGCGAGGAGUAA